AUGUCACAACCAUCGACGCAUACAGACGCUGCUUCUUCAUCUCGAACAGAACAUUCCCCCACACACGAAAUAGAAGAGAAAUAUGAAAAUCAAGAGGAAGUGCCUCAAGAUCUUGAAAAGGACGAACAACAUAGUUCCCAUGAAUUGGCCAAGAAACCAAUGAGCGCAUAUAUUGGAGUUUGUUUUAUGUGUGUGCUUAUAGCUUUUGGUGGGUUUGUUUUCGGAUUCGAUACUGGUACAAUUUCUGGUUUUGUUAACAUGACUGACUUUAAGAGCAGAUUUGGUCAACAAAAAUCUGAUGGUACAUACUACUUCUCAAACGUUAGAACUGGUUUGAUUAUUGCUAUGUUUAAUGCUGGAUGUGCCGUGGGAGCAAUUUUCCUUUCAAAGGCAGCUGACUUAUGGGGAAGAAGAUUAGCUAUUAUGAUGGCCAUGGUGAUUUACAUUGUUGGUAUUAUUGUACAAAUUUCGUCUUCAGAUAAGUGGUAUCAGAUUAUGAUUGGAAGAAUCUUUACUGGUCUUGCUGUUGGUACUUUAUCUGUUGUUUGCCCAUUGUUUAUUUCAGAAACUUCACCCAAGCAUUUGAGAGGUACUUUAGUUUGCUGUUUCCAGUUGAUGAUCACAAUGGGUAUCUUUUUAGGAUACUGUACCACAUACGGUACAAAGGAGAGUUAUUCCGACUCAAGACAAUGGAGAAUCCCAUUGGGUUUAUGUUUUGCUUGGGCUUUGCUCUUAGCUGGUGGUAUGGUCAAUAUGCCUGAAUCUCCUCGUUAUCUUAUCGGUAGAGACAAAAUUGAAAAGGCUAAAGCAUCAUUGGCAAGAACAAAUAAAGUAUCUGAAGAGGAUCCAGCUUUAUUAAGAGAAGCUAGAUUGAUUCAAGCUGGUGUUGAAAGAGAAAGAUUAGCAGGAAAAGCCGGCUGGAUGACUUUAAUCACGGGUAAACCAAGAAUUUUUGAAAGAGUUGUUGUUGGUGCUCUUUGUCAAGCUUUGCAACAAUUGACAGGUAACAACUACUUCUUCUACUAUAGUACCACCAUUUUCCAAGCUAUAGGUUUAGACGAUUCGUUUCAAACUUCAAUCAUUAUUGGUGUUAUCAACUUUGCUUCCACUUUCUUGGGUAUUUACUUGAUUGAAAAGAUGGGUAGAAGAAGUUGUUUGUUGUAUGGUUCAGUAGCCAUGUCAAUCUGCUUCUUGAUCUAUUCAUUGAUUGGUACUCAAAGUCUUUACGUUGAUGGUCCAGAUGGACCAACUAGACAGCCAUCGGGAAGAGCAUUGAUUUUCAUCACAUGUCUUUUCAUUUUCUUCUUUGCUUCCACUUGGGCUGGUGGUGUUUACUCCAUUGUUUCAGAAUUGUACCCAUUGAAGGUAAGAUCCAAGGCUAUUGGUGUUGCUAGUGCAGCAAAUUGGAUUUUUGGAUUUUUGAUUUCAUUCUUUACUUCAUUCAUUACCCAAUCGAUCCACUUCUACUAUGGAUUUGUUUUCUUUGGAUGUUUGGUAUUCUCAAUCUUUUUCGCUUACUUUAUGGUUUACGAAACAAAGGGACUUAGUUUGGAAGAUGUUGACGAAUUGUAUCAAAGCGGCAUACCAGCUUGGAAAUCUCCUAGUUGGACUCCACCAUCGGAAGAAGAAAUGGCCACUUCAACAGGUUACGCUGCUUAUUCCAAGCCACAAAAUGAACAUGUCAAUGAUGAUGAACUUGUUGAAAGCAACAGUCAUUAG